AUGCGGACAGCCCCCAAACAUCGGGCCAAUGGCCCCAUGCCCUUCGCCCAGCGCGCCGCCCAGCUCCCGCAGAGCCUCCGAGCCCCGACCCCCAAGCGAGUCGACCAGUCCAGUCCCGCCUAUAAGCAGGCCGCCCGGAAGUACGUCCGCCUGAUGAUCGCCAUGCCCAUCCUACUUGUCACAUCCUACGUCCUCUUCGACCGCCUGUUCCGGGGCAACCAGGCCAAGACGUUGGCGGGGGCGCCGGAGGCAAAAGCCUCGUCGGUGGAGGUGAGCCGGGAGCGAAUGGCAACAGGGUAUACCGAUUGA